CCGCGUAAGUGCGGCAUUCUUUGAGUUUGCGGCAGGGCAUCAUAUGUCAUCCUGUCUCUGCGCAGAUAGUCCACGACACGAAGCGUAAUCGAGGUCGACCGCUUCUGACCGCCGUGGUCAGUGCUAUCCUGGUCCUAUCCACCUGAAAAGAGAUCAGGUCAGCACAAAGGCUCGGCGGGAAGAAGUGCGCAAGCCGAAAUGGCACCGAACAGUCUCGCGUGGAGUGCAAGCAUAAGCAUGACGUCGAGCAUGAUGCGUAUAUUUAACUGUACGCGAAAACGUAUGAGAACGAGUAUUGUAGGAAUGAUGAGAGACGACGCAUCUUUUUUCGUGAGUGUGCCCUGCGCGUCCCCUUCCCCGCCAGGUCCGUCGACGAGAAGACGUAUACAGCGAGAGCGGCCGUUCUCUCGCUGUACACGCCACCCCGCCUCUGAACCAAUUCCACCACCCACCAUCCCCGCUCGAGAACGACUGUGCUACUACGCGUCUUGCCAAAUUGCCUGUGUAAUCUUGCCUGCUAGACAACGCCUUGAGCCUUGUGGCGUGACCAACAGCGUGAACGGAUCCUAACAGAAAGCUGAAGGAAUCAUUCAGCAAACUGUACG